AUGGCUGCUGUUGCUGAGCCCACGACGCAGACGUCCUCCGUCGAGUCGUCUCCUCGGUUGAACGCCGCCGAUGCGGCAAAGCUUGACCGCGUCGAAGUCGAGUCCGGAUAUGGUUCCGCCACAGAUGCCUCAUCGACAUCGUCGUCCAUCCCCGCGCUCCCCUUGAUCUCCCUCACCCAACCCCACCUCAAGCACCUCAACGACCAGCUCGAGAAUAUGCACCCCCUCGACAUCCUCCGCUUCUCCAAGAUCAUGUUCCCCAACCUCUUCCAGUCGACCGCCUUUGGCCUCACCGGCCUCGUCACCCUCGACAUGCUCUCCAAGAUCCAAAAGGAGAACCCUUCCGCCGCCAACGUCGACCUCAUCUUCCUCGACACCCUCUACCACUUCAAGGAGACCCACACCCUCGUCGACCGCAUCCAGGAGCGCUACCCCAACGUCGCCCUCCACAUCUUCAAGCCCUACGGCGUCGCCUCCACCGAAGAGUUCGAGGCCAUGUACGGCCCCAAGCUCUGGGAGACCGAGGCCGAGAUGUACGACUGGAUCGCCAAGGUCGAGCCCCUCCAGCGCGCCUACCAGGAGCUCGGCGUCGCCGCCAUCCUCACCGGCCGCCGCCGCUCCCAGGGCGGCGCCCGCGACAAGAUGCCCGUCAUCGAGGUCGACGACGAGCGCGGCGUCAUCAAGAUCAACCCCAUGGCCAGCUGGUCCUUCAAGCAGGUGCAAGAGUACAUCAAAACCCACAACGUCCCCUACAACGACCUCCUCGACCAGGGCUACAAGUCCGUCGGCGACUGGCACUCCACCGUCCCCGUCAAGGAGGGCGAGGACGAGCGCGCCGGCCGCUGGAAGGGCCAGCAGAAGACCGAGUGCGGCAUCCACAACAAGAAGUCGCGCUACGCCCAGUACCUCGAGGAGAUGGAGCGCAAGGCCGUCGAGGCCAAGGGCGCCGCCCCCGCGUCGUCGGCUGAGGCGGCCAAGCAGGGCGAGGCGGCCAUCGCGCCCAUCGUCAAGGCGGAGAGGGAGGAGCAGGCUAUCGCAUCGAUCUAG